AUGGCUACCUCAAGAGUUUCAAAGCAUUUCUUGUUUCAGUUGAUCUUCUUAGCUUUGAUUGCUUUCAAUCGUGCGAAUGGGCGGAGCCUAACGCCUGAUUUUUACAAACACACAUGUCCCAACCUUGUGUACACGAUUAAAACUGUGGUUGAUGAAGUAAUGUCCGUGGCACCAACACUCGGUGGUCCUUUAAUGAGAAUGCACUUCCAUGAUUGUUUUGUUAGGGGUUGCGAUGGAUCAGUGCUAUUGGACACUCCUAAUAAGACUGAAAAAUAUGCCAUCCCAAACUUAAGCAUUAGAGGAUUUCAAAUCAUUGAUAAGGUGAAGACUGCAGUAGAGAAAGUAUGCCCAGGGAUUGUAUCUUGUGCGGACGUGCUAGCCGCAGUAGCAAGGGACGUAACCGUCGCGUUAAAUGGGCCGUCAUGGGAAGUCGAAUUUGGACGAAGAGAUGGAAGAGUUUCAACUGUCAAUGAAGCCUUGGCAAAUUUAUUGUCACCUUUUGCGAAUAUCAGCACUUUAAAACAGGGAUUUCAGGCAAAAGGCUUCAGUGUCAAAGAUCUGGUGGUGCUUUCAGGAGGACACACCGUUGGAACUUCUCAUUGCUCAGCCUUCAACAAUCGUUUAUACAACUUUACUGGCAAAGGUAUUCAGAAUGAUGAUGCUGAUCCCACAUUGGAUUAUGAAUACGUCCCAAAAUUGAAAAGUAAAUGCAAAUUCGGAGACCGGAAUACACUGGUGGAGAUGGAUCCAGGAAGUUUCAAGACAUUCGACCUAUCCUACUUCUCUCUCGUGGCUAAAAGAAGGGGCCUUUUCCAGUCAGAUGCAGCUCUGCUUGAUGAUAGUGAAACCAGAGCUUAUGUUAAACUUCAUGCUCUGAAAGAUAAAGCCGGUUUCUUCAAGGACUUUGCCGAUUCCAUGAUCAAGAUGGGUAGAAUUGGCGUUCUCACUGGAACUCAAGGUGAAAUCAGGAAAGUCUGCACCAAGGUCAAUUAA